AUGCCAGUGCCGGGAUCUAGCUGCGUAAGUAGCUCAAACGGUGCUGCCGCGGCGGCUGACGUCAGCAGAUUAAACCCCGACGGUUCAGCGGUGCAAUUGUCGACUGCGGCAGGCAUUCCAGUUGCUUCGACAGGGGGGCCGGCUGUAGUGGCCUCUGCGACCCGCGUCGAAGCGGGUGCAGGGGGUGCAACGAAGCCCGAGGGCGAUCUGGGGUUACGGGAGAAAGCUUUGGCGGCGGGUGCCGCAGCUGUGGUGUCGGCCGUUAUUAUGAACCCGCUGGACGUCGUUAAGACGCGGCUGCAGGCGCAAACAGCGUCCGCAUCUCCCCGCGCCCCCGCCCGCCCGUUGCCACUCGCUUCCACCUCCCCCGCCGCAAUCACAUGUCCGUUCCCGGCUGUAGCCGCUACAGGCGCUUCCGCCCCCGCUGCCGCGGCCGCCGUUCUGGCCCGGGGCGGGCAUAUGCACGGCCCUGGGGAUUUACGGCGGGCGGCAAUGUCUGUCUGUUGUGACGUGGCGGGAUUGUACGGGCAUGUGCAUGGCGGAGUGGCUGCCGGUAGUGGAAGUACCCACGGCAAUGGGUUCACACACGGGCAUGGGCAUGGGCAUGGGAGCAUUCAUGCAAAUGUAACCCAUCUGCUGCCGAACCAGCACCAGCAGCCAUAUCAGCAUCACCAGCCCCACCACCAUCUCCCCCAACACAACCACCACCCAUACCGCAACACAUGGGACGUGUUCUCUCGGAUAGUGCGAGAGGAAGGGGCUUUGCGCUUGUGGCGUGGCACGGGCGCCUCUCUCCUCAUGGCUGUACCAACGGUUGGGAUCUAUCUCCCUGUGUACGAUAUCCUCAAGAUCGAGCUCGCAGCGAUGCCGAUCAACGGCCAGGAUCGCGCUGUGCCGGAGGCGUAUGUGCCGUUGAUCGCAGGGUCGGUGGCGCGUGCACUGGCUUGUGUCAGCUGCGCGCCAUUGGAGCUUGCAAGGACUCGCAUGCAGGCACAGAGACCAGUGGUGGGGGCAGGGUUGGGGGCAGUGGGGGUGGUAGGAUCACCAGUGGCAGCAGCAGCAGCAGCAGCAGCAGCAGCAGCAGCAGCAGCAGCAGGAGCAGGAGGAGGGGCAGGAGCAGGAGCCGCAGGAAGCUUGGGUGGGGGAGGGGUAGUGGGUGGAUCAAGGCCUGGCACGCUAGCGACGCUGCGGACGAUUCUGCAGCCGCAUUCAGGCACUCAAGGGCUGCGCGCGCUGUGGACAGGUGUUGACGCGCAAUUGGCCCGUGACGUGCCGUUCUCAGCCAUCUGCUGGGGUCUAUUGGAGCCCACCCGGCGUUACCUGCUCAGUAGAUCUGCUGACCGGUGGGAGCAGAAACAGCGGGACAGGCAGGAGUGGGUUCAGGGUGGUGCUGGUGCUGGUGCUGGUACUGGUGGUGGUGCUGGUGCUGGUGCUGGUGGUGGUGCUGGUGCUGGUGCUGGUACUGGCAGUGAGGUGUAUUCUCAUUCGCUUAUUGAGGCUGCGGAGGAGGCUCAGCAGCUGCCGCUGCUGCAGGUGGUGGGGGCGAAUUUCGCGGCAGGGAUGGUGGCGGGGAGUGUAGCAGCAGCAGUGACUCACCCUCUGGAUGUGGCCAAGACGAGGAGGCAGAUUCAAGGCUGGGUUGGGUUGUGUGCGGUGUGGGUGCGCUGGAGCGUGGCAGCAGCAGCGACUCACCCGCUGGAUGUGGCUAAGACGAGGAGGCAGAUCCAGGUGUCGGGUGCUCAGCUCAACACUGCAGCAUCUGUGGAGGACCUCAAGGACCUCAUCAACUGCUGCGAGGCGACGUUCUUCGCGCCCAGCGACGACGCGUUCGUUCCUCACUGCCAUAAUCUUCUCCUACUCAUCUCGCUCUUCUGUAUGUUUCCCUUCCUAAUUGCACUCCGUUCAGGUCUUAACAAGGACCUGAAGGACCUAAUCAACUGCUACGAGGCGACGUUCUUCGCGCCGAACGACGACGCGUUCGCGGCGCUCCCGGACCACGCGAAGAACGCGACUUCGAAUGCCAAGGUUCUGCGCGAGGUGCUGCUGCUGCACGUGGUGCAGAAGAAAAUGCCUGCCGCCGCGCUCAAGGCCCUCCCUCAGGACAAGCAGUUCAAGGCGGCAUCCGACGGGUGCAAGGCUCGCCUGGUGAAGGUCUCAGCUGCCGGCGCCGACCCGGUCCAGCUGCAGGCCCUGUACGUCCCGGAGGAAGCUUCCGUAGUGGCUCCUGACGUCAUCUCGCUGCGAGUGAUGCAGGUGCACGGGGUGGACACGGUAAUUCUGCCCCAGAGCCUGAAGGCGGGCGAUAAGGACUCCCUCAAGCCCACCGUGUGCUUCCCCUGGCGCGCGUAG